CGACUAAUCAGAAACUUCAGUUAUUAGUUACACUAAUCAGGGCACUGGUUCACCCAUUAGAGGUCAAGGUAUAAUAUCAUACCUCAAACUCUAGUUAAUUUAUGGUCUAAAUAGUGAAAUUCAUUGGGCAUAUGCAAAGGUUAGCGUAUGCCAAGAGAACGCUAACAUUUGUCAUAUAUAUUGUUUACUCAUAAAAGUUUACCUUAUAUCAUAUUGUUUAAUCACAAGGGAUUUAAAUGGCUUUAUAGAGGGGCUAAAUUACACAUUUGGUCACUCGAAUUACAUAAAUCUUUCACGUUUGCCACUCGAUUUUUUUUCCUUUCGUAUUAACCACUAACUUUUCGAUUCAUUUCACUACUAGUCACCUGCCGUUAGUCUUCGUCAAGCUCUGUUAACACCGUCAAAUUUUUGAUGAUGUGCCAAACGAGAGUGCUGACUGGGUUGACAAAAAGGCUGAGUCAUGAUAUUUAUCCUCCUAGUCAGCACAACCCAACCCAGAAAAAAAACCCAAAAAAGCUAUAAAAAAAUCCCACCCAAUGCUAUUUGUGCAUAAGUGCCAGAGCCAUUUCUCUGAGGCCUACGUUGGCGACCAUCCCUCUGUGGCAUCAAUGGUUGGCAGUUUCCUCUCCCUUGCAUGGGAGGUCAACUAGUCUCAAUAGGCUAGGUGUCAAAGUGAGUGUGUAACAAACCAGUUUGUAUGAAAUUGGGCUCUAAAGAAAGUCUGAAAUCUAGAUGGUGGCUACCUGACAGGGUUCCAAGCUGGCAAGGAGUCAGGUACAAACUAGGGGGUCGUCCUAAAACUAAGUAUGGAAACCAAGCCAGAAAGGUAAAAGGGUACUAAACAAGGCCAAAUGACUAGGUACUGAGCUAACAGGGUGAUAAGGUACCAAUUAGGGAGUCAUCCAAAAACUAAGUAUGGAGAUCAAGAUGGCAAGUUGUAGGGUACCAAGUUGAUAAGGAGACGAGGCAACAAUGCAACAUGACAGAGUACUAAGUCGGCAAGGCUACAAGGUACCAAAAUAAGGGGUCUCCCAAAAACUAAAUAUGUAGACCAAGUUGGAAAAGUGAGAUGGGACCAAGCCGACAAGAUGGUACUAUGUCGAGCUCUGAUAGAUAUGUAUGGAAUAUUGAUGGGUAAAGGAACAUGUACUUAACCGUGGAAGGAUUUAAAUUAUCAUCCUACCAAGAUGGAUGACAAGGCCUAGAUAGAAAGAUGGAUUCAUCGGGUGGUUAGCAAGAAAUAAGCUAAUAAUGGAUCCAUUGAAGGAACCAAAGGGGUUCUCAAGAAGUCAUCAUGGAGGAAGUCAUCAUGGAGGAAAGACAAGGAGGCUUCAACCAAGUCUAGUUAGGCAACAAAACUUAGUGAAGCUCAAUUCAACACCAAUCCAACCCAACGUCAAGGCCAUCAAUUUGAUACCAAUUGUCAUCAAGGCUACAGUAAGGGGUCCCCGGAGAUGGCUGAGGCCGCAGACUAGCUAGUUGUUAUUAAGGCGAGACGAGGGGUCCCCGAGGCAGUUGGAGAAAUAAGCAAGCUAGCAGUUACCAGGGUGGUUACACUUGAUGGUUAUAUAUAGUAGAAGCGAAGAUAAGAGACAAGUUCCCAAGAUAAACAUUUGACACCAUAGGUCAAACUUUUAUUAUUUUUUCUGUAAUGUAACCAUAGUAAUUGUCUUUAGUUUUUAGAGCUCUCACUAGACUUUGGUAGAAAUAUAGUAACUUAAAUUAGUCUUAUUAUCCAUAAAUAAACAUAAACAUCCUCAUUAUCACUUUGUUUGAAGAGGUGUGAAUCAUGAUAUUAAUCGUUGUCCAAAAAACUCAUAGGUGCAAUCCAUUAAUUUAAAACAAGUUUUCUCAUUAAAAAAAAUUUUUGGCACACGUGGUGGGACAAUUGUGUUUGAUUUGAUGGAUCCACAAUAGAGAUAAAAAGAAGGUGAACUUAACCUGGGUUAGUGAAGGAGUUGGUAGACAAGUUUGAACUUGGCCAAGCAACAUAAAAUGUUAUCGGAAAGCAAUGACAUGGUUGAUGAAUUACCCUAACGACACCUUCAUUCCAAUUUAUAGUGGAGGAUAACAACCAAGGAAUGGAAGAAAACCGCAGGUUCAUGGAGGAGGGUUUGGAUGGAAUUGUUAGAAUUUCAGGACAGACAAGGCUCAAAUUGGCUUCUCUUAAUGAAUUAUUCGAACCUUUUAGUUAUAAAACAGAUAAACAUUUGAAUCAAUUAUUUGAAGUGGUCAAUAUAAACGAAAUUUAUUUUGAUAGAUUUAGGAGGUUUUGACCACCCCAGGUGUGAAAUCAAGAGAUUUGUCAAUAGGUGGCACAAUUUCAAAAAAUAACAACGCUACUAGAAAUGCAAAUCUUCCUCUCGCCAAUGGCUAAAAUGGCCAACCACGACAAGGUAACUCAUCGCAUUCAGAGACUAACCAACCACCCACUCGACAUGGAAGUUGUGGCGAUAUUUUUUACCCCAGGGUCACCACUCACAUAGCGCUAUCACUAGUGAAGGAAUUAGUCAAGACAACUUCUUGGUGCUUAUAUCAUGUGUUGUACCUUUUAAUGGGAAGGCUGGUGAAGAUCCAUUCAAUGUGAAUCUGCACGCUCGUGAGUCAAGAUUUGAAUUUCUAAAGUUGAAGCACACCUACUUUAACCCUAACAAAGACAAGUAUAUCGAUGCUAGGCCUGUAGUACAAUGGCUAUGUCGUAUUCUAAGUGAACCUUAGGCUUACUAUUACUUUGCUCUGAACUACUAUAUAAUCAAAUCGAAAGGUUGGGGGUAGAACUAACCUAACCUAACUAAAAACAACCAACCAAUUGGUUGGGAGACCACUAGAGAUGAGAUGGAUUUCUAGGUUCGACUCCCUCUAGCUUUAGGUUGAUACGGGCUACAAUCUAACACCAUUUUGAGGUGCGGAGGUCACAAAGAUGGGGAUCGACUCAAUGGUCAUGCAAUCGACCCCCCUCCUAGCUAGGUGCACCGGUACAAUGUCACCUCAACCGGUCUAACCUACUAAGGAUUUGGUUCUACCUCCUCUAAAUGACUUAUAUCUGUCCGCACAAAAGUCGGUAAGUUGAUGGUCACACACUUACCCGACAAGUAUCAACUAGGUGAGAAUCUAACUAGAAGGAGAUGUUCACCUCAACCUCUAGCUAGAUCUCUACUUGAACCAAUCAAAGUAAGAAGCAUUC